UCGCAGCGCGCGUGUGUGGCGGCGAAGGGCGAAGGCGUUACGUUAGGCAGAACGACCACGACACGACGUGCUAAUGGUUAAUGGCUUCCAUUCGAUCGAGCUAGGCUUUUAUGAGCGAGCCGGAAUUCAAUCGAAAGAAAACACAUGAGAUAUGAUGCGAUCGGCCGGUAGAAUCAUAAAAAUAUGAUCGCCUGAGAUCCGUACGAUCGGGAGAGAGAUAAAUUUCUGGCCGGAGACGUCGCGGUCGUCCGCGAAUUACGUGCUGAAACUGCGCGAAGAGGAAGGACGUAACCGUUACGCAUUCUCAUCGUCUCGUUACGCUCUGGUUUCGGACCCUGAUGCGAGGAACAGCGAGGCUCGUCGCGACGUUGCAGGACACACAUCGCACUAGGUGACAUGCCUAGCACUCGUGAUAUUGAACGGGCUGAACGUAAUGGGAGAUUCCGUUCACGAAGAAGAGGCAGUGCGAGCAGCGACGUGAACCGACAACACAGCUUUGACGGUACGAGCGACAAGCGACACAGAAGACAUGGCAAAAGCAAGAGCUCUGGGAAAAAGAAGAAGAAACGUUCGCGCGACAAGUCGCUCGAGACAAUUCCAACUGUAGCUUCAUCUGUGGUAAAACCAUUGGUUGAGUACUCCGACGUGAGUAGCGAGGAUCUGUCGGAACCUGAAGCGGGAGAGAUACAAUCGGAGGAUAGUCGUGCUAAUAGUUACACGGACGGAGAAGUACCUGAAUCGUUCCUUCAAAGACGAUAUUAUGGCGGCAGCCCGGUCCGUGCUCUCGGAGCGUCGCCCAUCAGUCUGUCUCCGUCGCCGUCAGUUCAGCAUCGACACUCGUCGAGUAGUAGACGGUACGGCUCGUUGUCGAACGAGCAACAACAGCCGGCGAUGCAUGGCGCGACGCCGGAAUACGAAGAAGAAUCGAGACGAUACGCUCGACGAAAGGAGAAGAAACAUAAACGUGAGAAAAAGAAGAAGAGAAGUCUGAGUCCGUCGUCGAAUUCGGGUAAAAAGAAGAAGAGAAAAUCCAAGAGGCAUUCUCACAGCGUAAGCCCACAUCGCGUACUCGUUGAGGAGGAGAUGGUCGGUGUUUCGAGUCCAAAUCGCGAGAAGCAACCGUCGAUUGUCGCUUCCGUUAAUUGGUCGGAAUCACCACCGAUGCCGCUCAAGGACAACAUGUCACCCAUCUCGCCGGCUACGCCGCGCGAACAGAGGUAUCCCAGUGACGAUCCAGCGGAGCUGGAGAUGUCGCGGCAGACCUCUCGAAACGUAGUCACCCCACCGUCUCUCUUGUCGACGCAUGGACAGAUGGAAUCGCCGCACACGCCUCUGAUGCCUCCAUGCGCCAUGACGCCGGAGAACUUGAUGAGUAAGGCCUGCCCUAUUACCGUCAUAGCACCGAAGCACAACAGUCCCGAUCGACAGAAACGUAGUCCCAGUAUCCACGUGACGCGCCGUCCCAGCGUUAGUCCUGGACCCAUCGGUGGCGGUGGCUGUGGCGGUAGCAGUGGCGGUGGCGGAGGCGGAGGCGGUGGCAGCGCCACCGUCGGCAUCGGCAUCGGCAUUGGUGGCGGUGGCGGUGGUGGAGGAGGAGGAGUCGGUGUGAAUCGCAGCAGGAGGCCGCACAGUCCCCCGUUGAGUCCACCGUCGAGACGAAGGGAUCACAGUCCACCGUCGCGAAGAAGAGAUUUCAGUCCUACGCCGGUGCUCCACAGACUGAGGCCGCACAGCCCGAGCCCGGCCACCGUCAGACGGCGAGAGUUUAGUCCGAGUCCCGGAAGUAGUCAUAGACGACGAACGGACAGCGGAGUUAUUUCCCCUAAACGUAGAAGACGAGAAGAGUCCGAUCGACGUAGUCAUCGGCUUCACGAUAAAGACAGAAGGGACAAGCGGAAAUCCAGAUCAACUAGGAGUCCUACCACUGGAAGAUUGCACUUGCCUCUGUCUCGAUCGCGAUCGCGCAGUCCGGGGAGAUGGCGAAAACUGUCUCGCUCGAGAUCGCGUUCGCGUCCCAGAAGAAGUCGCACUCCAAAGAGAUCACGCUCGCCCAGCAAGUCCCGCAGUAAGACCUCGAGGAAACUCAAAUCGAAGAGCCCGCGUCCUAGAAUACCCUCUCCUUCUCCUCACAGGUCUCGUGCUAGAAGCCCGUCGAGCAUUACCGCCCGAAAUCUUCGAGUACAGGCCAAGAUCAGCGAAACCAGUUUAUUCGCGGAACUCGUCAAGGACCGUAAUAUGAGGGAGUUGGCGUACAAGAAGUUGCAGGCUGCAAAGGAAAAGGUUGGAAAUCAAGACGAAGUGCAAAUCAUAGAGAGUACCGACGAGAAAGACGGCGACGGUGGCAACGUCUCCUCCGAAAAUAAAGCUUCCAUUGACAAUAAGGACAGAACGACAUCGAUAAAUCACAAGCAGGAGCAGGCUGGCGCGAAGACUGGCGAUAAUGUGCUGCUCGACGUCACCGAUAUUCCCGUUCCGACGAGCGACGACGGUGCUGUAGCGUGCAAAACGCCACCGUUGCCACCAACAACCGGACAACCAUGCGGCAGUGUUCCGCUACCUAAUCCGAUGUCUACUGCGAUGAAUCCACUCGCUUCUCACGCGAGCAUCACCUCGCCCAAUCCGUCAUCGAUGAUGCAAUCCAACAGUUGUUCGAUCGUUGUGUCGCACAGUCCGAAUUUCCCAGCUCCUACUCCUGGAGUACAGCCACAACCACAGCAACCACCGCCGCCACCGCCGCCGCCGCCACCACCACUGCCGCAAUCCGCCGAAUCCGUAUCGUCGAACUCGGUGGGCCUGGCGCAAGUGUCCGCUCCUAUGCCCAUGUCGGUGGUGCCGCCGCCAAUUCCGCCUACACCGAUUUUACCCAACAUGUCUGUUCCACCACCACCGAUUCCUGUUCCAGCGCCCAACACUAUCAUGUCCAAGUUUAAUCCACCUAAUAAUCUUGUACAACUUAAAUCUGUGGAUCCUCCAAAACCUCCCAUAGUAACGUUCACGACCAAAAGUCUGAAGAGAUUACCAUUGCCACCUGGCAUUAACCAGAAUGACUUGGAAAGCAUAGAUUCUCCACCGAGCCGUUCUCCGAGCCCUCCCAGCAAGGCGCAAUUGAAACUCCCGUCAGUGGCAUCAACAAAGCCACUGCAGAAAAGGGGUAUCAAGGAUCUGCCAAUGCCACCAGUUGUACCUGGCUCGGAAGACUUGAGCGGUGAGGAUGAUCCAAACGCAACGCCACCGCGCUUGAAGGUUGAACGAGUGGCACCAAAACCGAAAUUGAAAAGACCGAAAAUAUUGAAACGCAGAGGAUCGCGAAACUGCCAUGCUCCCAUGUCGGCUUCUGGCGGCAAGGAUUGGGGCGAACGAUGCGUCGAUGUGUUCGAAUUCAUUGCGCAGAUCGGAGAGGGUACAUAUGGACAGGUGUAUAAGGCACGAGAUAAACGAUCCGGCGUGAUGGUAGCUUUGAAAAAAGUCCGACUUGAAAAUGAGAAGGAAGGCUUUCCCAUUACGGCAGUCAGAGAAAUAAAGAUUUUGCGACAGCUAAAUCACAAAAACAUUGUUAAUCUUAGAGAAAUUGUCACUGACAAACAAGAUGCUCUGGAUUUCCGAAAGGAUAAAGGUUCCUUUUAUCUAGUUUUCGAAUACAUGGACCAUGACUUGAUGGGUCUGCUGGAAUCAGGCAUGGUGGAUUUCAAUGAGAUGAAUAACGCUAGUAUCAUGAAGCAGUUGUUAGAUGGUUUAAAUUAUUGUCACAGCAAGAAUUUUCUACAUCGGGAUAUCAAAUGCUCAAAUAUAUUGAUGAACAACAAGGGUGAGGUUAAAUUGGCUGACUUCGGAUUGGCAAGACUUUAUAACGCAGAAGACAGACAAAGGCCGUACACCAAUAAAGUGAUUACUUUGUGGUACAGACCCCCUGAACUUUUGUUGGGAGAGGAACGUUAUGGGCCUGCGAUUGACGUCUGGAGUUGCGGAUGUAUCUUGGGAGAAUUAUUUUCCAAGAAGCCUUUAUUUCAGGCCAACGUAGAUAUGAUGCAACUGGAGAUGAUUUCGAGAAUUUGUGGGACACCUACUCCCGCUGUUUGGCCUUCUGUGAUAAAACUACCACACUGGCAUACACUUAAGCCAAAAAAACAGCAUAGAAGACGUCUAAGGGACGAUUUCGCAUUUAUGCCAGGAGCAGCCUUGGAUCUUCUGGAUAAAAUGUUAGAAUUGGAUCCUGAGAAGCGAAUAACGGCAGCCGAUGCACUUAAGAGUGCUUGGUUAAAAAACGUUCAGCCCGAACAGAUGCCAGCACCACAACUUCCGACUUGGCAAGAUUGUCAUGAACUCUGGAGUAAAAAGCGAAAACGCUUAUUACGGGAACAACAAGAGAGUGUUGCAGCAAAGUUGCCUCCUCUCCUUCCCUUUCCGAAUAAAGGAGGUCCCAACAAGGAUGAUCUGUCAGAUGUCGGGGGUCGUUCGAACACGACGAUGGCAAUAAUGCAGAUCAAUGGAAAAUAGAAGCACGAAACACCCUUCUCUGUUCGUGGCUUCGCUCUCCAGAGAUUGUUUAUUCUUAAACGAUUGAUUCAAUAGACUGUGUGAGAUAUACUUAAAUGUGUAUUUUUCAGGGCAUACACAACGUGCCUCGAUGAUAAUAUUUUAUCAUAAUCAUGUUUAUAUACCAUUUUAUUAACUCUUUGGCUGCGCUACGAAAAAUUUUUUAGACUUGGAAUCAAAUAAAGUUCAUAAACAAUAUAACUCAAUUUUAUUAAUUUCAUACUGAUUUAAUAUAAAAUGAUGUAAUAAAUUAAUAGUGAGUAUAAUCUCUUCUGUAGUCCUCUACUACAAAGUUUUCAAUUUCAGUUAUAUAACAUUUAAGUUGUAUACUUUACAUGACUGUAAAGUAUAUACAUUUGCAGCUAAAGGGUUAAUUAUUGUCCAUAGUGAACCAUUUUACAAGGAUUAUAGAAAUGAUUAUUAAAAUACUUUAUUAUUAUAAUCCUCUAUAUGUAUGCCUAAUAAUCGUCAUUCAUAACGUACGACCUAUAUACAAGAAGAAGGUAUACAUAUCCUAGUAAUCACUGUGAUUCAGUCUACCAUUCGUUUAUAAGGACGAUUGUAAAAAUUAAAUUAUCAAUUUAUUUAGUUAAUUUGCUUAAGUAUGUGUACAUAUCUCGUCAAUAUACGAAAGGAAAACGUACAUGUAUAUAGGACUUUACUAUAAAUAAAUGUACACAUCAACAUAUAUGUACCACAAAAAGAAUAUAAUGCAUGCGCUCACGUUAAUAUAUCGAAAUGAGAAAUAUUCGUAUAUAAUUUUUGCGCACAUGCAUACUGAUUUAGGUACUUUUAGAGAUUGAUUUAUAUCAUCUCUGUAUAAACGUAUGUUUGUGUUCAUAUUCAAACAUACAAGUGGCAAAAUGGUUGAAAGAAAUAACGAUUGUAAAUAAAUAUACAGGUCACAUCAACGUGAUUUCUCCUUGCUGUUUUUCGCGAAAAGACCUUAGGUAUCUAUAAGUAGAGCGUAAAACAAUCUGUACAAAUAGAUGAGCUGUAAGGCUCUAUAAUGUAAAUAUAUAGGCAAAAUACACAGGAUAUGCUGCUUUGGAAGACCGAAGAAGACGAAUAUGAGAAGAUCAAGAUUAAAAUCGUGAAGAUGUUAACCUUCUGUUAUUUUUAUUUAUCAUUAAUCCAAUUUAUUCAAAUAUUCAUUUAUUCAAACAUUUUCGGCGUACAUUUAUACUUUAAUCAUCCCCUAGCCUUGUAUCACAAUUUAAUGAUUUCGUAUUAUAGAUAAUAAUGAUGAGUUUCUCAUAAAAUACAAAUGGCGAACCAUUGUGUAUUUAUUUAGUAUUUACAUAUGUUUUUUUUGCAUGUGCGUUACUUUAACUGAUACUAUUUUUACGAUAAAAUUCAGUCUUCGGAUGUUUCCUAAUGUAAUAUCAUAGCAAUAUUGUAAAAUAAUAUUCGAAUGCUGCAAUAUAUUUAAGCAUACUCAAAAACAUUUACUUGAAAUGUUUUCAUGAGCAGUGAAUGAAUCUUUAACGAUAUCAAAUAUUUUAUUAUAUGAUUUUUUUAAGUUGUAAUAUUUUUUUUAUUUUUAUUGUUAUAUAUUAUGUACUAGUAUCUGUUGAAAAAGUCUAGCAAGCAGCACUCGACAAUUAUCAUGAAAAAUACUUAUCUGUUAGUAUUUACAGAUUCAUAUAUGUAAAAUAAUCAUAAAAAAUAUAUGUUACCGUUUCUCUCUCUA